GACACAGUGUAGUGUACCGUAUCGAUCCCAAUACCUACACGGCUCCGUCACAAGAAGUAAAUAAAUCGGAUAUGAAGCUAUACUAACAAAGUGUUCCCUACAAAGCUAUUCCAGAGUUGUUAAAAAAUCCACCCGUGCAAUGCAUGCAGUUGCGGAAUGUUAGUUCGACUGUCAUUCCGACCGACGUGGAAGCAUCUAUUGGCUAGGCUGUCGGCAACGUUCGGAAUCGAUCGAUUUUCUUCAGUAUCGGAACUCCUGGACACCAGUCUGAAGCGAUGAGAUCGCCACCUAGCGGCGGGAUGCCGUACUACUGAAAUUGACGUCUGUUGCUUGUAUCGUCUGCUUGGAACUUGUGUCGUCUGCGUUUUCACCAGUCGUGAUAUGGCGCGAAUCUCUGUCGCUCAAAGCUGUUAAAGAAGAUUUGGUGUCUGUUUGUGACUGUAUUUGGAUAGUUAUAAUCACAGAGGAGAAUUCAUCCCGUGUUAUGUUAUUUUAGAGAAUAUAUUGCCUUCUUCUCCUCGUCCGCCAUGCGUCCACCACGCUUCAGGUUUCUGCUGGGGAUUGUUCUGGUGUUCCUGUGCGAGUGUGCAGUGCUUGCUGUAGAUCUGGACGAAUCCCUUGAGGGAAAUGAUGUGACGGACAUGUCGGACUUCAUUGACCUUGAUGACCCCUUCUACGCUCAUGAAACCUCCUCAGAAUCUAAAGGUCAAACUACAACCAAUGUAAACAUUGAUGCCUUAGUCACAGAGAAAACCACUCCAGCUGCAGUUUCCGGCGGAAAUGACGUCAUUAGUGACGACGACGAUGACCUUGAAUUGUCUGGAGCAGGGUCAGGUUCAGGAAUGGAUACUGACCUGACCGGCCACCAGCUCAACAUCACAGCAUUCCCUAUACCUGAGGGCGAGGGCAUCAAGCUGAGCGCCGAGGCCACAACUGCUGAAAGCUCGAAACUGACAUCGUCAAAACCGUCGACAUUGUCUACAUCUACAACAACAACGUCAACUACAACAGCACAGCCAAUCACAGAAUCAACAACACAAGAUGAGGAGAUCAGGACGACCUCGAGAGAGCUCCCCGAGACGACAUCGCUGCUGUCGACAUCAGCCAUGGUGGACGACAACGAGGAUGAGGACGAGAGGGACGACGGAGCUGCCGAUGACUCCAUGGUCGACUGGGCCAUCAGAGAAGGAGGCGACGAGGAUGGAGACGAGGCUCUGUAUGAGACAACAUCACUUCGACCUUCACCUUCAACAAUGCCAACCACCACCAACGCGGUUGCCCCAACUGAGAAGAUGAAGGAGAUUCCAGCCAUCCUUGACAUCAUCCAGGAGGCCGGAGCAGGAGACGGCAGCCCAUGUGAUGACGUCAGCUGCUUGUACGGCGGCAUCUGCAAGGCUGAUGGAGACAGUGUCACGUGCGCAUGCUCCAUCAACUGCACUGGUCGAGCCACGCGCCCCAUCUGUGGCAGUGACGGUCAGUGGUACAGGAACAGGUGCGAGAUGCAGUUACAAGCCUGUCAGAGUCAGGACAACAUCACCCCUGGCAACAACAAGAGCUGCCAAGACUCCCAGACCGGAGCCCCGCUGUGUCCCGAGAAGAAUGCAAAAGCAAUGUGGGGCAGCUGGUCGCCAUGGGUAGCAUCAGGCGAUGUGGAUGUCCGCUUCCGGUCAUGUGACAUCGACGGGAAUUCUCUGGGCAAGAUGGUGACGUGCAGGGGUCCAAGGGUCGAGGUUCGAUCCUGCAACAUCCGGGACCAGGGAUCGUGCAGAUCGUGGAAUGGAUCUACCAGUGGGAAGUUCUCGUACAGAUGUGAUGGCGUGGACGUCCGGGAUAUCAGCAACGCAGAAAUGACGUUUGGUCCAGCAGCGAAUGGAGGGGACUUCUGCCGCUACUCUCUGUACGACCUGAAGCGAAGGAAGAUGGUGUUCUCCAGCUUCAACCUGUCCCAGGUGGUGUCCAAGGGCCAUCUCAGACGAUGGUGCUCCAAACAAGAAGCCUUCUUGGUAUCCCACACUGCACUGCACGUCUGCAAGCGCCACCUACAGGACAUCUGCAAGUCCUCCCGGAAGUGCAAGGGCUCCAAGCUGGCGCGACGACAGAGGAACCUCGGCGACUACACCCACAGCUGCUGGAGGGACUUCAUCCUCGGCAACAGGAUCCCCUCCGGCAUAUCCGACAUCCACUCCACCUUCUCCUUCCUCUGUCAGAGAUUCGCCCCCGACAGCAAGUGGGGGAAAGUGUUCGGCCACAAGAGGGCGUACUUUGGUACAAUCUACGACACCGCCCGCCGUAUUCCCGUUGUGUCCUUGGCCAAGGUCACGCAGCUUGGAGAGGACACCUGGCCCAAAACCGACUUCAUGAUCGAGAGAGGUCUGAUUGAUGAGCCGAUGACGUUCAGUUGGCUACUGAAGAGAGAGCGCGGUUUGGCCACGAUGUCCGACGCACAGAAAUGCGACACAGACUGGGACUGCGACCUCGGCAUGAAGCAGGCCCUCCCCGUCGACUACGACAUGUCUGGCUACCGAAUCGCGCACCUCAUGUGGCCUGAGCUCAUCGGAGCGGAUGUAGACGCCAAACUGUCGACCUUCACCUUGACCAACGCUGCCCCAAUGCACCCAUCACUGUACCCGGCCUGGCGCCACGCUGUCACGGAGAUACGGUCUUACGCCAUCAACCACUGCAAAAUUCCCGUCGACGUUGACCCGACGACAGGGCCGUCGCGACCAGAGAUGUACAUAGCUUCGGGCGCUGUGCCUUCUAAGGACCCAGAGAUCACUAUCGGCAAUGAUGUCCAUGUCCCUUACCUCUUCUGGUCAGCGGUCUGCUGUUUCAGGGACGACAAAGUCCAGGCUUUCGCCGUGUACGCCCGCAACAUCGGCGACAACCCCGUCAUUGUGGCCCCGGUGCUGCAGCUUGAGUCCAUCCUCCAAGACAUGUACAAUGUCAGAAAGCGUGACGUCAAUCUGCGUAUUUUCCCUGCAGGGGACGGGGCGUGUGCGGAGCUUAGGAAUGACGUGUCACGGUCUAUCAACUUGUAGAUGUGACGGACUAUUUGACUGACAUGUUAAAUAUCAAACUUAUCAUCGGUCAAACUAUGGAUCAUUAAGAUGUUACACAUCUUCAGGUUUAGAAGUAGCCCGGAGAUAUAUACAGAACUCUUUGUGUUGGAUGUUAACCUUGUACUGUACGAGGAACUGAUGCGGAUGUUGAUUUUGUGGAGGAAUGUUCAUCUGAGAAUUAUAUAACUGGUUACCACCAAGGUAACCGAUUAAUUUACUCAUUAGGAAUCGUAUCAUGGGGAUUAUACCGCCGCUUCAGGCGGCUGCGGAAUUGUGCUGAUGAAGAGGAAUCAUCUGAGAUGAAAUCGUGAGGCACUGCACGGGUCCCACGUGCAGCGCCCAGUGUCCUUAUAGUUAAUCGUAGCUUUUGAUGUCGUCAUCAUGUGUCAUGUGACCCGCUGGUCAACCCGGGAGUAGUUGCAGAGACCUUUAUGUGUGGGUUGUCUCCCUUGCGGAGGAUCUCGAUGGAGAUUCACACAGGAUAUGGUUCUGUUACGUUCAAAUGUUUCCGUAAUCGGCUUUAGUCAAUGGAUGUUAGAUGCUGAAUAUUUGAGUCUUGAUAUUUACCCAGCAAUCCCCUGUACGUUACCUAGUAACCAGACCAGGUAGCACCGUGUUGAUAAAACAUGGCGUGUCUUGUUGCCAUGUCGCCGAGCCAAGUAACGCCGUACAUGAAUCGGCACAGUUAGUACGUCAUGGGAGUGAUGACGCGAUAAUAGCGUUUGAGGCAUUUACACAAUCAUAGGGUCCAGCAUUUACAAGGCUAGAGACAGGGUCUAUCACUAACAAGGCUAGAGACAGGGUCUAUCACUAACAAGGCUAGAGACAGGAUCCAUCACUUACAAAGCUAGAGACAUGGUCCAUCUCUAACAAAGCUAGAGACAGGAUCCAUCGCUUACAAUGCCAGAAGCAGGGUCCAUGUGAUGGUAUAAUUAUUUAAUUAUUCACAUCAGUUGUAUUGGAAGUCUGGUUCGUUGAUACAUCUUUGACAGCUUCAUAUGCAUAUAUAUUCCAUCGUUCUGUAUAUUGCUACUUGUCAUAUAAUGUUGCUUGUGGUAGUCGUGUGUGGAAACUGUGUCAUAUGUACAGAUAUCAGUAGAUUGUGUACUCUUCUCAUUCCAACGAGACAACUCACCGUCAUUAAAUGAAAUGGAUAUUUUUAAAUUUAGCGCUCAGCACGUCAAGGUUUUAUUUGUUGGGUGUUUGCAUUGCACUAUUUCUACAGCUACAUGAUUGAUGGUGGUCUCAGAAGGAAUGCUGGGUAGGUAGAGCGGUCUAGACUACUUCAGAAGGAUCUAGGUAAUGUCAGAAUGAUCUAGCCGAUGCCAGAAUGAUCUAGGUGAUGUCGGAAUGAGGCGAUUGUCAAAAGGAAUGCUGGAAGGAAUUGAGGGAUGACUAAAGAUUCGCGAUAUUGAGUCUAAGGUUGCUUGAAGACUUUGGGGUGGUCGAAGGGUCUAGUGUUGUCAGAAGGGUUCAGCGGUACAUAAGAGUCUUGGGGUGUUUGAAGAUUCUAGAUAUGUUGACGGGCCUAAGGGGUGGUCGAAAGGGUCUAGAGUUGUCUGAAGGGUCAAAGGGUUCUCUGAAGGAUCUAGAGUUGUAAGAAUGGUCGAGGUGGGUACAAUUAUCGGGUGUUUAAAGAUUCUAGAAAGCGUUUAAGGCUCUCAUAAUGGAUUUAGGAUUCUCUUUAGGGCCUAGGGCCUGUUCGAAAGGUCUUGGGAUUGUCCUGGGGUUUGGCUAAUGCGAGAAGGGCUUGGAGUGUGUGAAAAGACCGAGGGGGUGAUUGUGAGGCACGGUGGCGUCUGGAGGAGAAACUGAUAAAGAAAAAGCUCAAAACAUACAAACGUAUCAGAUCUUCUAUCCUGCCAACAUUUUGAGCAGUUUUAAGUGAGCUAAAUAACUCAGCAUGAUACGUCUAGUGAUGGGAUGUCCACCCCAUUGUGUCAUUCAGCUACCAGGACGUAUACAUUUACUCAAGCUUUCCUAAUCAAAUCAUACCGCACCAUUAUCAUAAGUCUCUAUCAGCUUACUCGCGAGGUACAUGAUUUCAUAUGGAGCGUAUGCGUGCGCACUGCGAGAGAGCGCCAUCUACCUGUAGAUCUGUAGCGCGUACAUACACCUGCACUGUUGACUAUUGUUCCGGUAGUGAUUGAUAUACGACUUCUAGACGUAGACACUAGUAUAUUUUAUACCAACGUAGUUCCCCUCGUGUUUCUCUUUAGAUCUGUGAUACAACUAAAUAUUGGUUAUUAUGUUACAAAGUGCACACUGUUGCUUAUUAUUCCUAUUGUUGCAAUAAAGUAUAUUUCUUUUCA